AUGUCGGCGCCUUCCAGAUUGGCGCCGAGAGCGUGCCGACUUUGUCGCUCAUCGCCCACCUUCCGGCGAGCAUUUGCCUCGGCCACAACGAGGAUAACAACCACGACCACGACGACACCAUCGCCGACCAAGACCGACCCGUGGCCGCAGUGCCAACCACGCGGCGAAUACUACGACAUCCUCCUCCGAGAUCCCACGCCCUACGGCGCCGCCGCCACCGCGCGGACGGCCGAAGAAGUUCCCACCUCCUCCUCCGCCGCCCCGACGCUCUCGGAAGCAGCAGUGCCCACCACCAGUGGCGGCCGCCCGGCCAAGACGUACGAGACGAUCGCGUCGCGCACCGCCUACUCCGGCUCCUCCCCCUCCGAUGCCGCGGAGCGCGCACGCGUCAUCUUCGGCUCGCGGCUGCUCGGCCCCGCGGAGCGCGCCGACCGGGCGGCCGGGCGUCUAGCGCGGGCGACGACGGUCGGCGGCGUGCGCGUGCCCCCGCGGCCGGAGGAGCCGGACAACUGCUGCAUGAGCGGGUGCGUCAACUGCGUGUGGGACCUGUUCCGCGAGGAGAUGGAGGAGUGGACGCUGGCGUCCAACGCGGCCAAGGCCCGCCUCGCGGAGAGCGCCGUCGCGGGUGGCAGCGGCGGUCCUCUUCCUGAUGAUGCUGCUUCUCCUUCAACGGUGGCUUCGGCGCCGGCUGGCGUGGCGGUGGGGGAUGCCAAGAUUGCAAAGGACCUCUGGACCGACGACGUCUUCCAGCAUGUUCCCGUGGGCAUCCGCGAGUUCAUGAAGCAGGAGAAGAGGCUCAAGGAGAAGCACCAGCGCGAAGGGACAAGUGGGGGAUGA